AUGGCCGGAGCCUUCCUCAGCACCGGUAUCCAGUCCGGGCACGGCGACCAGCCCAGCUCCAAUACGGGAGCCUUCCUCUGCGCCGGUGCCCAGUCCAGGCACGGCGUCCAGCCCAGCUCCAUGGCUGGAGCCUUCCUCUGUGCCGAUGCCCAGUCCAGGCACGGUGUCCAGUCCAGCACCAGGGCAGGAGCUUUCCUCUGCGCCGGUGCCCAGUACAGGCACGGCGUUAAGCCCGGCGCCAUGGUCCGUCACCUCUACCUCGGCGAAACGGUACAGUUCUUGCUGGUCCUGCGGUCCAGAGAUGGAGCGUCGGGCUCGAGCGGGACAAAGGGAAGCGGGUCAGGUGACAGCGGUACCCGGGCUUGGAAGGAGCUGGUAGGGUCCCUCUCCGCUGUAGCAAGUGUCUGCCCCGGAGAGAGCCGACAUCGCUCCCAACUUCACCCCCACGAGUUCCAGAGAAGCUACAGCGACGACUGUGUAGACGAGGAUCCCGACGACGUUGACUUUGCUGCGGGAACAGUCCACACAGCGAGAAGGGAGUCAAGGAACCGAGGUUUCAGAGAAUGCAAGCCGCUUCUCAUACACAAUAAUACGGGGCGUGAUGGACGGCAGUAUCGGCGCGCACCGGUUCAGUCACCCAUGGACGAGCCAGUGGUAUUGAACGAGGAGGUCAUAUUCCCUCUGACCGUCUCAUUGGACAAACUCCCCGUCAACACACUCAAGGUCAAGGUCAUAGUGACCGUGUGGAAGCAGGAGGAGGAAAAGGCAGAGAUCAGGGAACAUGGUUACCUCACCAUCCUACAGCUGAGGAGCCCCACACACACCUUCAGACAAGACCUUAAUACCUUCAAAGCCCAGGUCAGCACCACGUUGAGUGUUCUUCCUCCACCAACUGUGAAAUGUCAACAGAUGACUGUCUCCGGGAAGCACCUGACCAUCCUCAAAGUAUUAAACUCCAGUUCUCAGGAGGAGGUCUGUGUGAGGGAUGUGAGAAUCAUUCCUAACUUCAACGCGUCCUACCUCCCCAUGAUGCCUGAUGGCUCUGUGCUUCUGGUGGACAAUGUCUGCCACCAAUCAGCAGAGGUUGGAAUGGCGUCGUUCCACAGGAUGAACAGUAGCUCCUCUCACCUUCCGAGCAUGCUCUCUGCCCUGGAGGAGCAGAACUUCCUGUUUCAGCUGCAGCUCAGGGACCAGCCGGAGGAAGAGAGCAACGAGGGUCUGGAGGUUCCUUUGGUAGCUGUGCUGCAGUGGUCCACCCCUAAACUUCCCUUUACCAGGUACAUCUCCACCCACUACCAGCUGCCCAGCGUGAGACUGGACCAACCCCGGCUGGUUAUGACAGCUUCCUGUCCCAGUGCUGUGCAGCCACAGGAGCACUUCCGGGUCAAAUACACCCUACUAAACAACCUGCAAGACUUCCUGGCUGUAAGACUGGUCUGGACGCCCGAAGGUGAGGGGAUGGGAGAGGAGAGGGAGAGGAGAAGAGAUGGACCCUCUGUCAGUUCUGUGGUAUGUCAUUCCCCCCUUAACAACCUGGGCCAGUGUCGGAAAGGAUCCACCCUCUCCUUUACUGUCGGCUUCCAGAUACUCAAGGCAGGACUCUUCGAGUUAAGCCAGCACAUGAAGCUGAAGCUUCAGUUCACAGCGUCCUGUUCCAACCCCCCUGCUGAGGCCAGGCCCAUGUCUCUGUCCCUGUCCAGGAAGAACUCUCCCUCCAGCCCUGCAGUCAGAGACCUGCUAGACAGACAGAGUCUGGGAAGAUCACAGUCCUUCUCUCACCAACAGCCAUCACGGUCGCAUCUUAUGAGGACGGGCAGUGUGAUGGAGCGCAGGGCCAUCACUCCUCCAGUGGGAUCCCCAGUGGGUCGACCCCUCUACCUCCCCCCCGAUCAGCCGGUCCUCUCACUGGACAAGAUCGCCAAGAGAGAGUGUAAGGUACUGGUGCUGGAACCUGGAAGAGACUGAGAGACAAGGCGAGAGAUAGGGAGAGGUGGAGGAAGAGAGGGGAGUGCUGGUGCUUGAGCCAGGUAGAAACAAUGAGACUGUGAAGAUGGGAGGGAGUGAAGGAAGGGAGGAAGAAGGGAGACAUAGAUAGAAAAAGGGAGAGAGAGAGAGAGAGAGAGACAUCUCUCAUGCUGAACAUUUCCUACAUCCUACAAGGCAGGCAUGAACAAUGAUUUACCAGACAGACAGAUAGACAAUAUGUCAGACACUGAAUGAUUGACUGUACGUGAGCCACGUCAUUUGAAGACACUGGAGAAGUUACUUUCAAGAACACCAUUUCACAUUUUUAUCUCGACAACAUUUGAAGUUUUUAUGUCACUGUAAUGUCAACAUUCCAUUUCAUUCCUUGUUUUAUUCCUUGUGUAAUGCUGUAAUUUAAUGUGUAAAUAAUUGUUAAGGUUUUGAACAGGGUGAAGACAGAUCCAGACUAUUUGUAGAAACAUUUUGGGAACUUUUUCACUAAAGAUUACUGUG